ACACGACCAUCCUCAGUCGAGGCCUUAGAGCUUGUGGACUAUGUCGCGCUGUGCCUAAUUCUAUAGUGAAAUGGCGUUAUUACCGAGGUUCUUCGUGUUGCUUCUCUUGCUGGUGUGGACGGACGUGAGGGAAGUUCAUGCAAACUGUGUGAUUCCGUUCUUGAUGCGAGGCUCAUGGUUCAGCUUUGAGAAGGGGCGCAACACUAUCACUGACAUAGACAACACAGUUAUGUCUGGUGUGGGCCAAUGUGUUGCUCUAAAGGUCUACCGUAAUGACUACAAGGCUCUUCUCUUCCGUGAUGGUGAAUGCUACUUUUGCAUCCGCUUCCACAUCCGCACUGUCAACGUUCUGGAGAAGAGUGCGACUGGGUGUAAAACCUUCCCACCAAACUUCAAGCCGUCACUGGAGGAGGCAUGUGCCGAGCUUGACAAGAACCAGGGUCUUAUUACAAUGUUCAAUGAGAAUUAUGUUCCGAAGAACUGCCGCUCUGCCAUUGAGGGUGUCUGGCAGUUCGCCUACCAAAACAGAUUUAGUUUCACCGGAGAGUGCAACAAUCCCGAGGCAAAGAUCCAGUCGUGCCAAGAACCGGGAAACCAGUUCCUCAUUGCCAACCAGAAGUUCAACAUAACGUAUAGAAAGUGUGAGGGAAUCAAGGAGUCCUUCACUGGCACAAGGGAAUUUUCCUGCCUGGGUGACUGGUUUAUUGGGAAGAACCACUUCUUUGCGGUGGCCAACACGAAGGAAUCUCGAAAGGACGAGAAGUAUCGCUGCUUCGUCAGGAACAGAGAUGAUGACUUGUACAUGGGCCACUCAAUCACUCCAGAAUGCUCAGUCCUCAAGACGCCAGAGAACAGCCCCUUCAGAUUUCGUAUGACCCCUGUCAAACAAGAGACGGUGAUCCCUGGUUGCCUGCUGCCCAAGAAUUUUAGUGGGGAGUGGAUGAACACUGCUCACACAGAGGCAGACGUGUUCAUCAACCAGACGCAUGUAAUAGAGACGACCUACCCUGAUGAGGGCCGCUUCAGGAGGACCAUUUAUGUGUGUAGACAACAACGGGACAACAGGUUCAUGAUGGCCAGGCUCAAUAUUGAUGGCUGCCAGAAGGAUUACGUGUGCUUUGAGUUCGUGCCUCGCCAUCACAACAUAAUACGAUUCCGCAAGGGUUUGGAAAUGAUUAGGGAGGACUUUUCCACUGUCUGCUCGUACCUCCAGUUCAAGAGUGGUAGGGAGUGGAGAUAUGACCUUUUGCUAGCCAAGGACCCUGUACCUGUCAAGUGUCCUGUUGCGGGUAAAUUUAACUUUACACAAAAGGGCGAGCUGCUGUUUGAGACGAGGAUCCUCGGGGGUGUCACAAAGUCUCCCUGGGAUCACAUCUACUGCAGGGAAAACAUCUCUGAUCUCUCCGUCUGUGACCGUGACCAGAAAGAGAUGUGGAUAGAUGCUCAUUACUGUAUCAGCGUGGAUGCUUAUGGCAGACAUAUCGAUAUUUAUACUGAUCCGGACUACAAGCUCAAAUGUGCAGGCUACUGGCGGGAAAACCUGAAGUCCUACCUCAUCACCUAUGAUGAACUGGACCCUUUCUCAAAGUACAGAUGCUGGGUUUACCAAAGGGCUGACUUGAACAAGAUCUUGAUGUCGGAGAGCGUUGGGCCUGCUUGCAACCUGCAGCAAACUGUUCAGGGUAUAGGUAAUGGAGCAGCAGUCACCCUUGAAAUGGUCGAGUACGAGAGAGAACACGACCGCUGCCCCAUGCACUUCGACGAUGGCGCCAAUCCCUGGAAGGAGCCGGGUUCUAGUGUACAUAUCUUUCAGUUCAAAGCUGGCACAGAGUACUUCAGUGCCUCUGUCCUCACCACAGUCCUUGCCUUCUUUGUCAGUUGGCUACUCUCCUUGAGGACCUGAGGUUUAGUGGUUUGAAGAAAAUAAUUGAUCGAUAGUGCACUAAAAACAGGAUCUUGUGGAAUGGUAAGAUGUUGAAAGACGCUGUUGUAUAAUUUUACUGUAAUUUGCCAAGAGUGAAGGAAGCCAUAUUCUAAUGAGCAGAAAUGCAGGUGGUUAUGCAAGUAGAAUGAAGCUGUAGUUUUUUAAAAGGAAUAUAAUGGCUUGAAUGUAAAUAAUGAAAAGGAUACAAGCUACUGUAAUGUAAUAGCUCGAUAAUCCGAAUUCUGGUAACCCGAAUAAUUGGGUAAUUGGAAUAGAUUAGUUUUUGGCUGCUAAACUGAAAUAAAAAUCUGGGUUAUUGAUUUCUGCUAAACAAAAACAUGAAUAAAUUAGAAUUAUUUUAAUAUUUGGAAGUUUCAGGUUUAAAAUAUGACAAACUCGAAUCGAAUGGUGGUAGGCUGCAUAUGAUUUGGAUUAUAGAUACAGUAGUAGACAGUAGAUGAUGAUAGUGUUGAAACAUCAAAGUUUCAGUAAAGAAAUCCACACGAAUGCUGUUCAGACCAAACGGGGGAAGGGUGUUGGUAGGCAAGUGUUAGGAACAUUCAAGGAAUUACUCUUCAAAAAAAAUGUUAACUUUCACCCACAUAAAAAGUAGUUGGCGUGUAAAUAGUGGUAGGGUACCUAGCAAAUCUAUACCACCUGCCAGAUUUCUUCAGGUAUCACUAAUGCUGUUGCCUAACCUUCCCUUUUUAGCUGAUCUCAAACCACUCGCUACCGCUACCCCGUGAUCUUCCUCUCAUCUCCCACAGAUCUCUACUGCCCCACAGAUCUCUACUGCAACCCUUCCUACUGUUUGGUCAUGAACUAAAAUGAGAAGUGCCACCUAUGCAUUUUUGUCCCCCUUAAAGCUUCAAAGUUAGGAAACUAAGAAUUGUAUCAGAACUAAUCAUUUUACAAGUGACUGAAUCAUUCCUACUAAACAGUGAACGUUGGAAUUGGUCUAAAACUUUAGACUAGUGUGUGUGCGCCACUGCAAGAAAUUUCUGGACCGUCCAGGGUCAUGUAUAUUGCCUGAACUGUGGACCAUCUAGCUUGAAUCAUGAACUGCUCAAGCUGACACAUCUGCAAUACCUUCAGGUAGUUGCCUUAAAUAAUUUUUUUUUAAAUGAGGGUACAGUUAGAUCUCCAAAAUUAGUCACAUGGUUCCCUACUCAAUCCAUAUUUUUGAAUGUUCUAAAUAAAUGCCCAUAAUUUUAGUUUUCACUAAUUUCGUUAUGGCAAGUGAUAAAAUAUUCAAAAUUUUGUAGUGUAACCAAUGAUUGUAUGCAUAUAAAUAAUUAUGCUAAAAAAAUAACCAUUUUAUAUCAAGACUGGUAAGAGGCAGCAAAGUGAUUACUGGCAUAUGUCCCAUCUAACUUUUGCAUCAACCCAGAACUGGUCAUAUAAGUUUUUGUCCCAUGGUUUGUCAUUCUUUUAGAUAGACUGCAACUGUGCUAUGCUAUGUAAAUCACUUUAGCAGAUUCCUUCAAAUCCCCCCCCCCCCCAAAUACUUAAGUUUCUAACAACUCUGCCUUUUUUAUUCAUGUUAAAGAAGUUCCUUAUAAUCUUUGCUGGAAUAUCAUUAUUUUUUUGCUGAUUAUAACUCGAAUACUGCAAUAUAUUUAAAGAAAAGUCUGAAAAUGCUUAUGUAAUGAGAUGUUUCACAUCACACUUGCACGAAGAAUAAGCAAUUCAUAUGCAUGUACUUUGUGUUUGAAUAUACACACAAUCAUGGGCUCUUGUACAAUUUGUCGUAUACAAGAAUAAGACUUGCAAAACUAAGAAUGCAAUUUUUUGAAUAUUUAUUGUGAAGAAGAAUGUAACUUGUCAAAAUAUUUUUUUCUUCAACAAAUAAGUUUGAGGCGGUGAUCUGCUAGGUGAAUUUGGCCAGUUUCUUGGAAGCAUUAUAUGGAGGUCCAGCUUUUGGAGGUCACACUGUACAUACUGUCAGGAGUAAGAACACAAGCUGCUCAAACUAAAAGUUAUGUAAGGUUUAUAGUAUUUGUAGAUUUGUAACAUAAGAUUUAUAUAAGAUUUAAAUUUAGAUUCCUCAUGUUAAAAAGAAAAUGCAAUGUUGUAUUUUUCAAAUGUAUUAGUUUGAAAGCCAAAGUUCACUGAAUAACAUAUUUUGCAGAUUUGUAUGUGUAAAGGAAGUAGUCAUGUUGGUUAUGACUUGGAGUCCUUGCUGAAAUACUAUAUGGUCAUUACUUAAAUAUAAACAUUCCCAGUGUGUCUAGUGUGUAUAUAUAUAGAUUAUUAUUCCUUUGCAAGAGUUUAACAUUAAAGGUUAACAAUAUCAGUACUAGUAGUAAUGCCAAAGGCUCGAGACUGAUUGAUCUCGGUUCUGUAAUGACCGUUUUACUGCUACACAUACCAGUUAGAGGGGGAAAAUACAGCAGUUUCAGAAUUUGUCCUACUACAAUUUUGUUUACAGGUUUUAGGGUUUAAAACUAACGAACUGACCAUUAUUCUAUGGAUGGCAAAUUUAAAUAUAUUAAAUGUUUUGUCUGCUUAAGACAUGUUAGAAAGUAGUAACCCUUAGAGAGCGGUUCAUAAAUGGUUGAUUCACAGGGUAAUGUGGUCAUCCUGUGAAGAUUAAUAAAAUAUUUUGGGUUUUGCAUGUAUGAUGCAAAUAUGGAUAUAAUAGGUCUGAAUGCAAUGGAGUUCACACUGACCCAUGGAAAAAAAUCCUACCAUUUCAUGGUACAAAUAUGGUUAUCACGAAUGUUACUAGGGAAAUGCGGUUAUCAUACGAUUCAAACAAUUAUUGUCUGGGUUUUACGUGCAUGAUGCAGAUAGAUACUGUAAAGUGCUCUGUGGGUCUAAAUAUAGUGACAAGACAAUCAUUGAAACAUCAGAAUAAAUCGGGAAGUGUCACAAAAUUGAGCAGCGGGCGUCGACAUGCCCAGCUCCACCCAGUGAAAUGAUAAAUAUUCACUUACAGUAUUUGUUUCUUGUAUUCUUAUUGUAUUUGUUUCUUGUAUUCUACAUACAAAUUAAUAAUUCUAUAAUGUCUAUAGUUUCCCCCCCCCCAUAGGCUGGUAUGACCAUUUCUCCAUAGCCGCUAUCCAAGGGUUAAGGGGGCAAGGGCUCCAGAUUUUAAAAAAAUGCAUUAAAUGAAAACUAGUUCAAUUUCAAUCAAACUUUUUUGACUAGUAUAUGAAAAGGGUUUCAUCUGGUCCAAGUCUCAGCAUCAUAGCAUAAAUAGGAAAGGAGAAAAAAAAGUGAAGUGCCAAAAUUAUUCCAAAAUGGUCAAAUACAAUUAUCAAACACAAGUGUCAACUGAAAUCAUAUCUAUGGCUCGGCUAUCACAAUAGCAUAUA